GCCUCGCGCCCGCACCCCUCGCACGCACGCUACUCGCCGGAUGACAACAAGUUGUCCGACCCUUAGCCUAGUUUCCAAGUCUUUGAUUGUGAGUGACGCGCUGACAGGACUCUGGAAAUUUGUCCAGAACAUGAAAACCAAGUGAUUGACGUAAAACAGUUCUGCAGUGUGUCCCCUUGUGGAAAAAAAUGUUUGGCAGGAGCCACCGUAAGGACAGAAGUCACGCGUCGAACAGGCAGCAGGACGUCCCCAACCACUUCACUGAGUGGCAAGAACGCAAGGACCGCCUGGAGAGAGAAAUCGAGGAGCUACGAAAGAAGAAACAAAAGCUCGAAAACAAGUUACCUGAUCCAGAGUGUGAAAGAAUGUUCAUGAUGUGGGGAGGCUGUGAAAUUAAUGAGUCUACGGAAACGACUUUGCAUAUAACAUUUAGACCUUACCAUCAAGGCAAGCUUUGUGACACGUAUUCCGUGUCUUUCAGUAAACUUGGAUCUGUCUGGACAGCCGCCCACUUUGUCCUCCCACACUCAAUCAGAUCCUUUCGGGAACGCGUUGAGGAAGCUGAUCUCUCAUCAGUUCAUAGGCUUGCAGAUUUCAUUCGUUGUUUGCAACAUGAAGUAAACUUAUUCAUUUGGAGACGAGAGCAAUUUAACCAAGCCAAGUCACUAGUCUCUCCAUCACUUGCAAUCCACCCCAGUGUGAGCACCACUGAGGUCCAGCUGAUUUGUCAUGUCGAUGAUAAGGCUGGCUCGGAGCUGAGUAAAGCGUAUAUUCAUUUACAUUAUCAAUCACACAAGUAUCUUCCAGUUCGUAUAGAAAUUGAAUUUGAUGCUGGCAGUGAGGAAGACAAGGUGGAAUUCAUAAAACAGGUUUCUAUCUUGAACACGAUGCCGCUAAAAGAUGCUCUCAUCACAGCUUUCACAAGUAACACAAGUACAGAAAUGCCUUUGGAGUCAAAUACCGGCCCUCUACCUGAAACUAAAGCACCAGCUGUGGAGAGAGAGUCCACUCAAGCCUGGUAUUCUGGUAGGCAACGAUCAUCAUCCUCUGGGUCUGCGAAAGAAAAUGAAAGAAGAAGGCCUCCCACCAAAGCUGAGCUUAAGCACUUUAGAUCUGAUUCAUCAAUCCCAUUUAUGUCUCGACCAAAUGAUAGAAACCCUAAAAGAAGACCAAGAAAGCCAAGAAAUUUUGACCAAUCUCAUCCUGUUAAAUGAAUGUCGUGCUUUCUGUCCUCUCACCAGACACAAAUGUAUUUCAAUGCAAUUUAUGCGCUUGUGUUUUUUUCGAUCUAUUUUUAUUAGUGUUACUGAUUAUGUUAGUGCCUAAUCUCGGACAUAAUCAUUAUUUUUGUUGAUCUCUUAAAUAUAUAUAAGUAUUCUUAUGUAUUUGAUUCUCUUGCCAUAUCAAUACUCAAAUAAUUAUGCAGUUUGUUGCAUUGAAUGUAUUUUUAUCCAGACUAUACCCCAAUUUUAAUUUUUUUUAUUUUUACUUGUGAUAAAUGAUGUACCUAGAUUCAUAAGGUUCUAGUAGCCAUUUAUUCUGAAAGUAUUUAGUUAUAUAUCAGUUAUGAAAAAAAAGUUCAAGGAACUAUUUGUUCUGUGAUUAUUUAUUCAUGUAACACUUAAGAAUAGAAAGCACUUUCCAAAGACAGCAGUGAAAA